AUGCCGCCUGUUAUAAAGCCAGAAGCGGUUCUGAAGCGCUCUGAAGAGCUGAUCAAUGUCGGCCAGGCGGGUGCCGCGUUGCAGGCGCUCCAUGAGUUCACGUUUUCGCGCCGGUUCAAGCAGGGCCCGUCGUCCUCGCUCGAGCCUUUGAUGGAGCGGUUCAUGGAGCUUUGUGUCGACCAGCGCCGUGGCCGCGCCGCGAAAGAUGCACUGGUGCAGUACAAGAAUGCGUUUCAAAACACGGAUUCCCAGUCGAUUUGGAACGUGAUCAACCAUUUCAUCAAGCUCGCCGAUGCAAAGGUGAGCGAGGCGCGCAGCCGUGCGGAUGCCGCCGCGGAAGAGCUCGACGUUGACGACCUGGAAGAGAGCGAGACGCCCGAAAGCAUUUUGCUCGGCAGCGUCAGCCAGGACCAGGAGCGCGACCGUACGGACCGCACACUGGUCACGCCCUGGCUCAAGUUCCUCUGGGAAGCAUACCGCACCGCGCUUGACAUACUGAAAAACAAUACUCGUCUCGAGACUGCGUACGAGCAAAUUUCUGAUCAAGCGCUGCGCUUUUGCCUUCUGUACCAGCGCAAAUCCGAGUUCCGCCGCCUUUGCGAGGUGCUCCGCCAGCACCUCCAGAGUGUCGCGCGCUCUGCCCAUCACACCAAUGCGAUUGAUUUCUCCGAUCCUGAAACACUCCAGCGCCACCUUGACACUCGUUUCACGCAGCUCACCAUUGCUGUCGAGCUGGAGCUCUGGCAAGAGGCGUUCCGCAGUGUGGAAGAUGUGCAUAAUUUGUUGACCAUUGCCAAGAAAGCGCCCAAGCCCGCCAUGAUGGCGAAUUACUACGAGAAACUCACGCGCAUUUUUAUUGUCUCUGACAACCACUUGUUCCAUGCAGCCGCGUGGAACAGGUAUUAUGCACUCGCGCGCCUCACUGCACACAGCGAGGAAGAACAGGCGCGCAUGGCCUCUUUUGUGCUUUUGAGUGCAUUGGCCGUUCCCGUGAUUGCCUCUACAGCCCCUGGCACGGGCAACUUGAACAAAGGACGCACCGACUUUUUGCAGACGGACUCGGAGACGCGCCAGCGCACCGGCCGUCUCAAUGCGCUGCUUGGGCUUGGCCGUACGCCCACGCGUGCGGGCCUUUUGCGCGAGGCAUUGAACCGCAAUGUUUUGCGCCGCGUGCAUCCAGAGCUGCGUAACCUCUACCAUAUCCUCGAGGUCGAGUUCCAUCCCCUCUCUAUCUGUGCCAAGAUCGAGCCCAUUCUGCGCCAAGUGGCACAGGACCCCGACAUGGCAAAAUACGUCAAGCCACUUCACUCCGUUGUACUCACGCGUCUUUUGCAGCAGCUGAGCCAAGUGUACGAUUCUGUCAAGCUCCAGCAGGUCAUGGAGCUUGUUGGCGCGUUCAAAGCGCCGUACCACUACGGCGCCGCAGACAUUGAAAAGUUUUGCUUGAACGCGUGCAAGCGCGGCCAUCUCAACCUGAGGAUUGACCAUGUCUCGCAGGCGAUUACCUUCCAGGACGAUGUGUUUGCAGCCGAUGUGCAUCCGGCCGUGAGCGGCGCUGGCGACAAGGAUUUGGUGCGUCUGCAAGCGACGCCUUCGGAGCUCGUCCGCACGCAGCUCGCACGCCUCGCCGAGAAUCUGGACACCACGCUCCGUGUGGUGGACAAGGAUACGCUCGGCGCAGCACAAGAUAUUCGCAACGCCGCAUUUGGCCGCGCAAUUGCCGAGGCAGACAAGGAGCACCAACUUGCCAUGGACCGCAAGGUGAAGCUCGAGCGCCGCAAGGAACUCUUGCGCGAGAUGGCGAAGAAAAAGGAGGAGGAAGAGGCCGUGGCCAAGGCCGAGCGUCUGCGCGAGCAAGCAGAAGCCGAGCAGCGCCGCUUCGCCGAAGAGGCGCGCCGCCGCGAGCUCGAGCAUGUGCGCAAAGAGAUGGAGGCGGCAAAGCUGGAAGAGGCGCGCAAGAUGGCGCAGUCCCUCAAGGAGAAGGGCGGCCUCAAACUCAGCGAGGAAGAGUUUGCCAGCCUCGACACGGAAAAGCUCGUCCAGCUCCAAGUCGAGCAGAUCGAGCGCGAAAAACGCGAACUGAGCGACAAGCUGCGCACUGUGCAACGCCGUAUGGACCAUAUCGAGCGCGCCUACCGCCGCGAAGAGCAGCCAUUGCUCGCUGCUGACUACGAACGGCAGCAGAAAGUGGAUCUGGAGAACCACAAGCUUGCCAGGGAGGGCUUGCUUGUGGCUGCGCGAGAGCGCUUCGAACGCGAUAUGGCGAUGAAGAAGCUCUUGAUGAAUGUCGCGCCGGACUAUGAGAAUAUGAAAAACAUGCUGCUCGGCAAGCGAUGUGCUUUGUACGAUGAGCAAUGUGCCCAGGCGCAGAACGAGAUCGAAAAGGAGAAGGAGCAGCGCCGCGCCGUGCACAUCCGGAUGCGCGAGGAGGAAGAGAAGCGCCGCGAAGAGGAGGAAGAGGAGCGCAAGCACUUUGCCGAGGAAGAGGAGCGCAUGGCGCAGGAGCAGGAGCGCAUGGCCGAACAGGCACGCGCCGAUGCACAGCACCGUGCUGAACUCGACGCGCGAAAACACGCGGAAGUAGAGGAGCGCGAGAAUUUGCUGCGCCAGCAGGCCGAGAAGCAGGCUGCACAACAGGCCAAGGCACAGGAACGCCUGGACAGGGAACGCCACGCGUCCACACAACAGCCCGACGGGGGGGUUUGGCGGCGAGGCGGCGCUGCGGCGCCCACAAGCGGCGCUAGCGACCCCAUGUUUGCCAACCGCCGCUACCGCCCUGGCGACUUGUCGCGCAACACGGAGCCCCGUACGAUGGAGCCCCGCGCCAUGGAGCCCCGUGCGCCAAGCAAGCCAUCCGAGAGCAGCGGCAGGUACGUGCCGGGCACGUUUUCGCGUAUGCGCCAAUCCGCGGGUGGCAAUGCGCCGGAUGCUCCUGCAAGGACUGCGGCGGAGCCGCCAGCAAAAAACGACGAUGGCUUUACGCCUGUCAAGCCACGGAACAGUGGAGCGUACCGUCCGCCCAGUGCGCGUUAA